ACUGACCCUCUACCCAUCUCUACCAGGUCAAUGAGGUGGCAGUGAGCUGUUUACCACGGCUGGUGACGAAACACAGAAGCUUUUCCCUUCUGGAGAGGGAGACAUGACCCUCAGGAGCAGCUGAAAAUCCUGCCAAAACCAAGCACCAUUUGGUGGGACUGGUUUAGGAUGGUUCCUAGCCCAGCUGGUUGGGUUAUAUGGCCAUUUUAGCACAACAAGAACUAAACAGAAAGCAGGGUAGGAAACGUAGGCUAGGAGAGGCUUCUUGAGUUGCUCAGCCUAGCUCUUGACCAUCACAAACCACAGCUCCAAAGGAGCCCUACUCAGAGACAGCUCUUUACCACCUUCUUCAGAUCCGUUUUCUUCCAUAGAAGACCCAUGCCCUGGCACUGAGAAGCUCUCUGAGCCCUUUCACCCUUCCGAGCUACACAGCUUUUGUUUUCUCUUCUUUCCUUUCCUGUGCAGCAAGGAAAUAGGUCACAUUUCAAAGAAACCAGCAAACAGAGGUUAGCGAAUGCUAGGCAGCGCACUGGAUGCUGUGGCCCCGUCCCCUCCCAUCUUCCAAAAGCAACGUAUUUCUCACUCGCCAGAGAAAACUUUCCCUCUUUUUUCCUUUCUGUCUUCAAAAUCGCUGUCGCCAAGCCCUGACAAGACACCCCACCCAUCUGCAAGCCAGCCCGAGCACCAGCAGCACGUGAGCCAGCCCAGGCCAUCCCGGUGAGCGCACGGAGAUGCCAGAUGCUGCAGCUCACCUGCCCUUUUACUACGGCAGCAUUGCCAGGGCAGAAGCGGAGGAGUACCUGAAGCUGGCGGGGAUGUCGGAUGGGCUGUUCCUGCUGCGGCAGUGCCUGCGCAGCCUGGGGGGCUACGUCCUCUCCAUGGUCUGCAACCUCCAGUUUUACCACUACGCCAUCGAGCGCCAGAUGAACGGUACCUACGCCAUCGUGGGGGGCAAAGCGCACUGCGGGCCGGAGGAGCUCUGUGAGUUUUACUCCAAGGAUGCUGAUGGGCUCUGCUGCACCCUGCGCAAGCCCUGCAACCGCCCCAGCGGUGUGGAGCCCCAGCCCGGUGUUUUCGACAGCAUGAGGGAUAAUAUGGUGCGGGAAUACGUGCGGCAGACGUGGAAACUCGAGGGGGAUGCACUCGAACAGGCCAUCAUAAGCCAGGCUCCACAGGUAGAGAAGCUCAUUGCCACCACAGCCCAUGAGAGGAUGCCCUGGUACCAUGGUAACAUCACCCGGGACGAAGCUGAACGGAGGCUCUACUCAGGGGCACAACCUGAUGGGAAGUUCUUGCUGAGAGAAAGGAAGGAAAACGGCACCUAUGCCCUCUCCCUUGUCUAUGGCAAAACCGUGUAUCACUAUCGGAUAGACCAUGACAAGUCCGGCAAGUACUCCAUCCCCGAGGGGACUAAGUUCGACACACUCUGGCAGUUGGUGGAGUACCUAAAACUCAAACCGGACGGGCUGAUUUUCUACCUGAGGGAAACCUGCCCCAACCCCAACAUGCCAGUGUCUGCAGCACCAGUUCCACCAACCCAUCCCUCUGUGAGCAGACACCUGGGGCCUCUAAAUGCAGAUGGAUACACGCCAGAGCCUGUAGGUGCAGGGAAGUCGCGCCUGCUACCCAUGGACACCAGUGUCUACGAGAGCCCGUACAGUGACCCUGAGGAACUGAAGGAUAAGAAACUCUUCCUGAAGAGGGACCAUCUGAUGAUCGAUGAAGUGGAACUGGGGGCAGGAAACUUUGGCUGUGUCAAGAAAGGAGUUUACAAAAUGAGAAAGAAGCAGAUCGAUGUGGCCAUAAAGGUGCUGAAGAGCAACAAUGAGAAAACGGUGAAAGAUGAAAUGAUGAAGGAAGCCCAGAUCAUGCAUCAGCUGGACAACCCCUACAUUGUCCGCAUGAUUGGGGUCUGCGAGGCAGAGUCCCUGAUGCUCGUGAUGGAGAUGGCUUCUGGAGGGCCGCUCAACAAGUUCUUGGCUUCCAAGAAAGACGAGAUUACAGUCAGCAAUAUCGUGGAGCUGAUGCACCAAGUAUCCAUGGGGAUGAAGUACUUGGAGGAAAAAAACUUUGUCCACAGGGACCUGGCAGCCAGAAAUGUCCUGCUGGUUAACCAGCACUACGCCAAGAUCAGUGACUUUGGACUCUCCAAGGCUCUUGGUGCCGAUGACAGCUACUACAAGGCCAGGACAGCAGGAAAAUGGCCUUUGAAAUGGUAUGCCCCAGAGUGUGUCCUCUACCACAAGUUCUCCAGCAAGAGUGAUGUGUGGAGCUAUGGUGUUACCAUGUGGGAGGCCUUCACCUAUGGGCAGAAACCAUACAAGAAAAUGAAAGGUCCAGAGGUCAUCAGCUUCAUAGAGCAAGGGAAGCGCAUGGAAUGCCCCACGGACUGCCCGGCAGAGAUGUACACCCUCAUGCAGCAAUGCUGGACCUACAGAUGGGAAGAACGUCCAGGAUUUAUUACUGUGGAAAACAUAAUCCGCUCCUACUACUACAGUAUUGCGAACAAGACAGAAAAUGGGCCAGAGACAGAGGACAAGUCAAAAGAAACUCUUCCUUGAGCUUCCUUCUCUGCUCCUCAACACGCUCCCUUCCUGCAUGGGACCUGGAAAGGCUCUUUGUGAAUUGUUGCUUUAAUCUCUCAAA